GAAGGAGAAGCCACAUCAUCUGACAGGAUGAGUGUUGGAUUCAUUGGAGCAGGCCAGCUGGCUCAUGCGCUAGUGAAAGGGUUCACAGCUGCAGGUGUGAUUGCCACACACAGGAUUACAGCCAGCUCCCCAGACACAGACCUGCCGACUGUGUCAGGGCUGAGGAAAAUGGGGGUGAACCUGACAACUAGCAACAAAGAGACUGUCAGUAAGAGUGAUGUGCUCUUCCUGGCUGUGAAACCCCACAUCAUCCCCUUCGUUCUGGAUGAGAUUGGGCCAGACAUCGAGGACCGUCAUCUCAUAGUGUCCUGUGCUGCAGGUGUUACCAUCAGCUCCAUAGAGAAGAAACUGCUUCAGUAUCGUUCAGCUCCUAAAGUCAUGAGGUGUAUGACAAAUACUCCGGUGGUGGUGAAAGAGGGGGCUACAGUGUACGCCACUGGGACACACGCAGAGGUGGAGGACGGCAAGUUACUGGAGCAGCUGAUGGCCAGUGUAGGUUUCUGUACUGAGGUGGAGGAGGACCUCAUUGAUGCCGUCACCGGGCUGAGUGGCAGUGGACCAGCCUACGCGUUCACAGCCCUGGAUGCUCUUGCAGAUGGAGGAGUGAAGAUGGGUCUGCCCAGGAGACUGGCUGUCAGACUUGGAGCACAGGCCUUAUUGGGAGCAGCUAAGAUGUUGCUGGAGUCGGAGCAGCACCCUGGCCAGCUGAAGGACAACGUGUGCUCACCAGGUGGCGCCACCAUCCAUGCCCUGCAUGUCUUGGAAAGCGGUGGAUUCCGCAGCCUCCUCAUCAAUGCAGUCGAGGCUUCAUGCAUUAGGACUCGGGAGCUGCAGUUCCUGGCAGACCAAGAGCGUAUUUCUCCAGCAGCCAUUAAGAAAACCACAUUGGACAAGGUGCUCCAGCAGCCUGGAGUCACAGUCAGCGGAGUGGCUAAUGGGAACGGCAAAUCGGGGCUCAGCCUGUUCAACACUCGCAACCCUGGGAUCAAGAAGAAGAACUGAGUACACAGAGAGGCAGGCACACACACAAACCCUUUACAGGUUUAAGUGUACUAUCGUGUACACAUGUGGACACACACACACACACACACACACAUCUUAUACUGUUCAAGAAAACGGACUCAGGACUGGUCUGAAAUCACAUCCAAAUUACUUUGCCAAAUUAUUUAUUCAUACUUGAAUAACCUGCAGACAGUGGACCUGAUGGUGUCAGCACCACUUUACACACAAGCACAGGUGUAUUCUGGGUGCAUUGCUCCAGUUAUAGCCUUAUGUUGUGAUGCAGGAUUACUGUCUACAAAUACACAAAUCCAGAUACACACUGAAGAGCAAAAGUGCAUUUACAAUUUAUUGUCUGUCUGUAUUUGGGCUCUGGACUAUCUAAGGGCUGUUCAACGGUAAUGACCCAGUGGGCCAUCAUGGGAUCCGGGUAUACACCAGGCAGCAGAUGGCUGCUGGGAUACCAUCAAGCUGUUAAUAUACAUCUUUAUUGUCUUGCUCUUUUAAAAAAUGAAGCCAUGUUGUUCAUUAUCAUGUACCCUUCUUUUGUUUAUGCAAGUAAUUGUCUUUGUUCAGCAGUAAAGUUUUUUUCUGGGAAAGACUGAAUAUGGAUUGAACAAAAUUUCAGCAACUUUAUUUUUGUUUUGGUUGUCAUGUAUGAACACUAUGGUCUUCUUGGAUGAAAUACCCUCCCUUUUUGUUACGAUGGGGUCAUUCACACAUUGAGAACAUUGUGCCUUUGACCCUUUUACCCAUACCAUUUUUCUUCUUGCUCAUAAAUGUCAUUCCAAGCUUUGAAACACCUCUGAUGUCAACGGUUUUCUCACAUCCUUCUGUUCACUUUCUUUCAUCAUGGGUCUCAAACCUCUAAUCUUGACCUGUUAUCUUGAACAUUUGGAUGUUUUCCACCAUGAACACACUUUUUGUGUUUUCUCUCAUAAGGGAAUGUCAAGUUUUUAUCCAACAGUGCUACAUGACGUCUUAAAUAAUCUAAAAAGCUUUCUGAAGACUGUGUUCAUAUGGCCACCAAUCCGUCCUAAAUAUUAUAUUAUAUAUUUUUAUCCCCACAAUGUAAUGUUUAUUGUAUUGUUAUGUUUGGCAUAUCAACCACUGAAUUGGUGUGCCGGUCUAAAAGUCAAUAUUAAAACAGCAGAAUCAAA